AUGUCAUCAUCCCAAAAUAUUGAUGCAUAUUUCAAAAGCCUAGAUAACUCAUUUUUAGAGUUUUCUAGUCUUCAAGCUAUGUAUGAAAUCCUUGAAAACUCAUCUACCGACCUUCGCUUCAAGAUGAAUUUCUGGUCUAAGUUUAUUUCAACAUCUUUGGCUUAUGGUAAAGACAAAGUCGUGGAUUCGAUCAUACUUUUCGUAUUGGGACGAUCAGAUUGUCACUCAACUGCUACAUUGAUAACUGUCCUUAAAGCCCUUGCUUCGCAGAAGCGCUUUCAAGAAUUCGAGUCCUUGUAUGUGUUGAUAAGGUCCCGGUUAUCUCCAACUGAUACCGCUGCUUAUGCUGCUGAUAUGUCCGCUGCACUCUGUCUCACUCCCUUCUACAAAGAAGCAAAAAAGUUCCUGUAUAUGAGCUUUGAAAGAAAAGCUCCAGUUGGGAGUUUCACCCAUUUUUUGUCGGCAGCGGCAACCUUCGGUCCUUUGGAUGAGGCUCUAUCUUUUAUUUACGAAUUGCAGCCUAUGGGACUGAGGCCAACCCAUGAUUUCUACCUGGCCUUUUUAAAGCGAUUGCAGGGUGAUGAAGGAAAGCAGAAAAUGAUCUCUCUGCUCGAAGCUGUCAAUACUUGUCAAUGCGUUAUACCGAAUUCCACGGCAGUUCUCAUAAAGGAUUGGUUUGAACAAUAUGGAUGGCGUGGGACGAUGGGAGUAACUUUAUCGGGAAUUUUGUGCAAUUCUUGCUUGAAGCACCUUAAAAAAGUCCAUUUCGAUACUGUUACCUGCUCUCAGUUGGCUGAACGCUUUUAUGACUAUGUUCUUCAGGGGAGAAAUUCGGAUGAAUUACUUCUCACAACUACUCCGAAUGAGCUGGAUUCGUUUCAUGCAUUCUUAAAAAUAACCAGUUGCCCUUUUGAUUGUGUUGUCGACUUGCCUAAUUACUUGCAUACCGUUUCGAAUAGAAAGUUAUCGACACUGUCGGUGGAGGAGCAGACUAACUUGCUCUCAGACGGUCUUGGUCCAACCUAUCGUUUUGAUCCAUCAGUAUAUUUUCUUUUCCUUCGCAAUGCAGUAUUGGUAAAUUCUUUGCGUCGAAAACGCUCUGCAUGUAUAUCGCUUUACAAGACUUGCACACACUUCUCAGACAUUUGUCAAGUUCAAGUUGUCCAUAGAAUACAGAAUGAUCCAUCUAAAAUUUAA